AUGGAACCACAGUUAACAGUGGCCUUACACUUCCAAUCCAAACCAAUUAUCUGCCAUCUUCAACAGCAGAACCCAAGAUGGAGCAGCCAACUACAAAUAACGAUUCUCUCGAGUCAAAUGAUGAUAAUAACUUGUUUUGUCAAUGAUCCAAUUUCUGAGGCCACAGAAAAUAUUCUAACAACGGGAGCUAUCUCGAAGAUUGCUAAAGGACAGAAGGAAAAAAAUCUCAUUGUUCAGGUUGUUCAUUCAUUUCAAAGUAUGGAAGAGAACCAAUUCAUGUUCAUUUCAGAUGGAUUACAUAUGCAGAUAGCAAUACUUGCUCAGUCUCUAAAUCAUCUUAUUUUAUCUGGUAAACUGAAGACGGGAAGUGUUGUUCAAUUAGUCGAAUAUAUUUGCCCUACUGCUCAUAAUGGAAUGCAAAUGAUUGUGGUAAGCAUGGAGGUAAAGAUUUUUGAAAAUGAAUUUAUUGGUGAACCAAAGCUUUAUGUGGAGCCUGCACCAAAUCUGGAUGAUGGGAAGAAAGAACACUUGACUAAAGAUACGGACACAUCUUUUUUUAUGCAUCAAUCUCAUCUAUUAGGAAAUCGUCAGGAUCUCUAUCUUGCUAAUAAAAACAAUACAGCAACCAGAGGAGAUAUCGUGCCGUUAGCCCAACCUAGCAUGAGUAUUGAUGCCACAGCAUUGCUGGGAGAGGUCGAGAUGCUUCGGUUGGAGAUCAAUCGUCUACAUUUAGAGAUGCAAAAUCGAAAUGAGCAGGAAAAGCAUGAAGGUGAAGUUCUGCGUUUGAAACUAGAGAUGCAAAAUGAGCAGAAGAAACACGGUGAUCAAAUUUCGCAGCUUAAAUCAGAGACAGUGCAGCAAUAUAGGCAAACAGAAAAUCAGAUCAAGGUCAUGAAGAAGGAACUUGGAGCUGUGAAAAGAAUGACGGAAAAUAAGGAAGAAAAAGAUGCUGACACAAAAAGAGAUGAUGAGUCGGGAACAAACUUUGACAAACUGGAUGGAGAGCUUGAGAGGAUUUGGCUUUAAGAACAUUAUACAAAAGAAGAUAGAAUAAGAUUUUUUUUUUGGUUCUUUGACAUAUCAUCACAUAUGCUGUGUAUGUUGACAGAAACUUGUUUUGAUAGACUUCAAAUGUAGAAAUGCGGCCAAGUGG